AAUUAUUUGAGUUUACCAAAAUUUAUUGAUAAUAACUAUUACCUUUAUGGAAGAAAUGGAUUUGCUGUGGUCAAAAGAAAAGUUGCAAAAGAUUUUUAGUAAAGAUUCUCUUCAAAUAACCACAGCGCAUGCGUCAGGCGAUGCAAGCAUUCCAAUACGUAGCUGUCGAUUAUGUGGAGGGGAUUUUAAUUUACGCUGCUUUUGUGAUACGUACGUGUGGGAGGGGGUUGAAGAGCGUUAUGAUCAACUAUUGUAUGAUUGCUUUGGAGUUCGGGUUCUUCAAACGGACAGCAUGAUAUGCGAGCGCUGUAUACGUCAACUACGUAACACGCGGCGUUUACGAGCACUCGUGCAAGCCGCCUUCGCAAAACCACCCAGCGAAUUUUCAACGAAUCAAUUACAUCUGGGUAUCGGCGAAGGUUUUGCGCGCCAAAAAAAUAGGAACAUACCAAAAUCUCCGAACCUAGAAUUGUACAAAAAGUUGACAAAAAGUACCAUGGUGAAUCCGCCCAGGAAACGUAAGCUAAACGAGCGUAAAUCGAUUCUGAACUCUAAUGUUCAAGUCAAAAGGAUGAAUAUCGCAUGUACCGUGUGUAAACAGAGGUACCCGAUGUUGGUACCUUUUGAAGGGUGGAAGAAGUUUGUGUGCUCACGGUGUAAAAAGAAUUGUGAACCGCGUCGCAUAAUUUGUAGGAGGUGUAACACUAUGGUGCCUAGUAAUACGAUGCGAGAACACUUGGAAUUGCACGUGAAAUCUGACUUGAAGGCGAAGAACAGGCUCAGCAAUUUGCCGAAAUGUUGUUCACAGACAACGAAAAAAGAUAGCUUUAUUAGACCGAAAUAUCAAUGCAGCCAAUGUUCAAAAAAAUAUACCAUCGCUCAAAACUUGGCAAAGCACGUUAGCAGCGCGCAUAAAAACAGCAUACAUUGUCUAUGCGCAGUCUGCGGUAAGGACAUGAAGACUAAAGAAUUAUUAGAAAGACAUAUGCGAACGCACACCGGCCAGCCGAUAUACCGCUGUGAUGUGUGUAUGCGAAUAUUUAAAGGCAAAAGAUUAUUCCAAACACAUUAUUUGACGCAUGGGAAGUAAAAGUGGAGAAUUUUGUAUUUUUGGAUGUCUAUGGUUAAGCUUGGGAUGCGCAAAAUGUAGAAUUAUAGAUUUGAAAUAGAGGCGGAGAUAUAAAUACUCUUUUCAAUCGCUCUGUCUUAUGAAUCUAUGAUUUCAGCGCACUCUAUGAUUAUUUAGAAAGAAAGGUUACUUACUAAAAAGUUUGAUAUUGUCUUGUGAUAUCUGUAA